AACUGUCAAAAUUAACAAUAACAAAUGAAAAUAAUUUUUAAGGUUAAGCAAAACUAUUUAUCACAAAAAAUAAUUGAUAAUGCCACCCAAAAAGCAGCCCGAAAAAGCAAGCAAGGGAGGGAAAUCUGGGGGUGAUGCAAAAGAAACUGGCGCGAAAGAGAAAAAAGGUGGGACAGCUGUCAAAGUCAGGCAUAUAUUGUGUGAGAAACAGUCGAAAUGUUUGGAAGCUUUAGAAAAAAUUAAAGCGGGUCAGAAGUUUCCUGAAGUAGCAGCAGCAUAUAGCGAGGACAAAGCUCGGUCGGGCGGCGACCUCGGCUGGCAGACGCGCGGCGCUAUGGUGGGCCCCUUCCAGGAUGCUGCCUUCGCCUUGCCCGUCUCGACCGUCGCUAACCCCGUCUACACUGACCCUCCCAUAAAAACUAAAUUUGGGUACCACAUCAUUAUGGUAGAAGGAAAAAAAUGAGUGACAUGGUUUUGGGAUUCGAGUACUUUUGGGCGAUGCUUUUAUUGUUAGUUAUGGAAAGGAUAUGCUGCUUGCAGGAGCAAUUUGACGAAGACUAUAUCGUACUCCCCGAGGCUCCUAGAUCUGAUGAUGUCUCGGACGAUUCAAAUAACUUAGAAGAGUUUUCUGAUACAGAGUAAGUAAUCUGUUUUCGUAAA